CGACGCAGCACGGACGGGGGGCACAGGCAAAGGGGAGGAGCCGACAAGUAGCAAGGCUAGAGAGCGUGUGGAUUACAGAAGAGCAUGGGUAAGGCGCUGAGCCGAAAGAGCCCACCGGAGGAGAACCCCGGAGCCAACAAGUGCGGCAAUCGCGAGGGAGGGCGAGGGCGGAGUCGGUCACGCGGCGGCAAGUCGCUUCCGUCGGACUUGCUCUACCCACACGGCAAGCUCUACACCGAGCCAUGCUCAUGGGAAAGGAAAAAGCUGAAGCGAAUGGUCAACGGCAAGCUCCUGGCACCGUUUCAUGUCGGUGCUGAUGACGAGGCGCCUGGCUUGGAAGAGUGUCCCAUCUGCUUCCUCUACUACCCAGGCGGGCUCAACCGGGCCACGUGCUGCGGCAAGCCACUCUGUUCCGAAUGCUUCGUCUUUCUCGCCCCGCCGGUUCCGGGCGCGCGAUGCCCGUUCUGCAUGCGCGGCGGGUUUUCUGUCGAGUUUCGCGGGCCCAAGACAGCCAAGGAGCUCGCAGACGAGGCAGCCGAGGAGGCCCGGGUCGAAGAGCUGCAGCUCCAGGCGCGGAUCAACCAAGCCAAGGAGGAUGAAGAGCGGCGGAAGCGGCGGCUGUCGAUGCCGCCGGGCAAGCACGGAAGCGGCGGGCCCGACGGCGGGGACAGCAACGUAGCUGGCUCACCCGAGUCGCUUGCGCCGCUGCCGACGCUGCGGCCGGAGGAUUACCGGCCGCCGGUGAUGUCGUCAUCAUCGUCGCGGUCGCGAUCGCGGACCGAGUCUCGCGGCGAGUCGCGGUCGCGGAGCCGGCGGCGCGGCAACGGUCAGCGGUCGCGGGCGCCGUCGACGCCGGCCAACGGGCCGCCACCCGGGUUCAUGCCGUCGUCAGCGCCGACGCGGUCAUACGCCGGCGAGCGGGUCUCGUCGCUGGUCGACGCCAACUCGCCCGGAGCGAUGGUCGACUGGCAGCGGUUGCGCCACGAGCGCGGGGUCGAUCUCGAGGAGCUCAUGAUCAUGGAAGCAAUUCGGCUCUCGCUGGCAGAGCAGGAGGCUGCCGAGGAGGGCGGCGCCGGGUCCGGAGGCGCUGACGCCUCGGCGCCGCCGUCGAGCCAGCUGCUGGAGACCCAGAUGACGCCUGAGGAAAUUGAGGAGAUGCAUAUUCGGCGGCUGAUCGAGGCCACACGGGUGUCGCCGUCGUCAUCAGCGGCGGAGGCGCAUGGCGGCGACGGCAGUGGCUCGGACAAUGACGGCGAUCUGCAGCCUGCGGUUCUUGAGUUUAGUGACGGUGUGGCGACAACGACGACGACGACGACGACGACCACCACCACCACGGCGGCUUCAGUCGGCGAAGUGGAUGAGGGUGAGGCCGAGGAAGCUGUUGAGGGCGAGGGAGCGGUUGAGGCCGAGACUGAGGUUGAGGCUGAGGCUGAGGCCGAGGCUGAGGCUGAGGCUGAGGCUGAGGCCGAGGCUGAGGUUGAGGCUGAGGCUGAGGCUGAGGUUGAGGCUGAGGUUGAGGCUGAGGCUGAGGUUGAGGCUGAGGUUGAGGCUGAGGCUGAGGUUGAGGCUGAGGCUGAGGUUGAGGCUGAGGCUGAGGCUGAGGUUGAGGUUGAGGCUGAGGCCGAGGCCGAGUUUGAGGCUGAGGUUGAGGCUGAGGCCGAGGUUGAGGCUGAGGUUGAGGCUGAGGCCGAGGCCGCACCUGAGGCUGAGGCUGAGGCUGAGGCUGAGGUUGAGGCUGAGGCCGAGGUCGCACCUGAGGCUGAGGCUGAGGCUGAGACUGAGGUUGAGGCUGAGGCCGAGGCUGAGGCUGCGCUCGACGCCGCCGGUGUUGUCGCCGACGAGGUCGAGCCCUCCGCUUCAGCCGACGCACCCGAGGCCAACACCAACACUCCCACCGCUGAUGCGGAGGCUAUGGAGGCCGCCGCAUCCGGUACUGUUCAAGAUGCGGCUACAGAGUCCGAGGCUGAAGAUUACGCACCCGACGGCACAAUCGACGAGGCGGCCGAAGCCGAUGUCGAAGCCGAAGUCGAAGCCGUUCUGCUCGAGCCUGCAGGCCUUUCGGAGACCAUCAGCGCCGAGGCUGGAGUCGAGGCCACCGAAGUGGAAGUCGAUGUGCAGGAGGACGUCAUGGAGGAGGAAUGAAAGCAAAGGCUGGCGUCGA